AAUAAUGAAAAAGUUGUCAUUAAUUCUUCACAAAACUGAUUAAUCACUAUUGUAAAUUAUAAUUAAUAAAACGAUUUGGUAUUUAUUUUUCAGCGACGAAAAGAACGAGGAAGAAUCGCUAUCGAGAGCGUACACGUGGUAGAAACUGCAAUCCUAGGACCUGGAAGCAGCAGCAGCAACGUGGCUGCCGGGAGUGAAUCUGGAUCCGGAGGCGGGGGUGGAAUACCUCCAGGCCUUCCGUUUCAAGUCGGAUAUCGUGAAGCUGGCCAGGAAUAUACUCUGUAUCUGCUGGCGGCCCGGGAACAAGAUAGGGCUGAGUGGAUUCGUGCAUUACGUGCUGUGUGCAGUGAAAACCCAGGGCUGUCAGGUCGUUAUCACACGGGGUUGUGGAGUGGCAAGCGCUGGUCUUGCUGUCGGUUGUCCUCCCGCUCGGCCGAGGGUUGCGACACUUGCAGCUCGUGGUCGCCGCCGAAGCCACCCUCUUCGAACGCCACAAUAAAUUCCUCAAGUCCUUCAUCGGCUAUUAACACGAUAACGAACGCACUUGAAGGUGAUCACGAGAGACGGACUCAACAGCAGCCGGUGCAGCAGCAGCCAUCUCCAAUAACAACAAUAACUACCGCACUAACCACCACUACGGGAACUGCUUCUGAAGCCAACAAUAAUCCCAUCAUUCAGUCCCAGGCACGUUCGAUUGUUGGUAUGUACCUUUAA